CCCCCCUCCAUCCCUUGCAUUGCAUCCCUCUCUGGCUGCAGGAGAAGAAGAGCCUACCGUCACUCCAGAUCCCUUUGGAUCCAGGAUUAUCUUCUCCCCAGAUCCCUCCUGGCCUUAUCCCCUCUGGCACCAUGAGCUGCUCCGAAGAGGCAGCCAAAGAGAAGUUGCUCUGGAAUGUCAAGAAGGAGGUAAAGCAAAUAAUGGAGGAGGCAGUCACCAGAAAGUUUGUCCACGAAGACAGCAGCCAUGUCAUUGCGUUGUGUGGGGUGGUGGAAGCAUGCCUUCUGCACAUGCUGAAGCGGCGGGCGGCUGGUUUCCUGCGGACUGACAAGAUUGCUGCUCUCUUCACCAAGGUUGGCAAGACAUACGACGUGGCCAGUGAUAUCUGCAGGAAAGCGCAGGAGCUGCUGCAGCAGGUAGAAGGCAGCAAGAAGUACCAGCCAGCUGGCCAAGAAUCCCUUAAGCGGCAAAGCUCUACCGCAAGCAAAGCCCCCAGCCUCACCCCACAAGCUAUCAAGCACAUUUGGGUGCGCACCGCUUUAACGGAGAGAGUGCUUGACAAAAUUGUGCAGUUCAUUGUGGACAAUUGCAGCAAAUAUUAUGAAAAAGAGGCCUUAUUGUCAGAUCCAGUCUGUGGGCCCAUCUUGGCAUGCCUCCUGGUUGGACCAUGUGCCCUUGAAUACACCAAGCUGAAAACAGCUGACCACUUCUGGACAGACCCCUCGGCGGAUGAACUCGUCCAAAGGCAUCGGAUUCACGGCGCUCACGGUCGGCAAGACUCUCCGUCGAAACGGCCAGCGCUAGGAAUAAGGAAACGGCAUUCGAGCGGAAGCAUGUCGGAGGACCGUUUUGCUGCUUCAGCCAGAGAUUAUGUGGAGUCGCUGCACCAGAAUUCAAGGACACAUUUGCUCUAUGGGAAGAACAAUGUGCUGGUUCAGCCGAAAGAUGACAUGGAAGCCAUCCCAGGCUACCUCUCGCUUCACCAGGCGGCUGAUUCUUUGACACUCAAAUGGACGCCAAACCAGCUCAUGAAUGGGACGUUGGGGGCUUCGGAACUUGAGAAAAGCAUCUACUGGGACUAUGCCCUGAUCGUGCCGUUCAGCCAAAUCGUCUGCAUCCACUGCCAUCAACACCCGGAACGCGGGGGGACCUUGGUGCUUGUGAGCCAGGAUGGCAUCCAGAGACCCCCACUGCAUUUCCCUCCUGGGGGGCACAUUCUCGCUUUCCUCUCUUGCCUCGAAAACGGUCUUCUGCCCCGUGGACAACUGGAACCUCCAUUGUGGUCCCAACAAGGAAAGGGCAAAGUGUUUCCAAAACUUCGGAAACGGAACAGCCACAACAGAUCCGUGGACCUGGAAGAAAUGCCAGCGGUCGCGGGGACUACAACUGAUUAUGUCUUCAGGAUCAUUUACCCGGGUCACAAGCACGACAACAUAACUAUUAACUACCACCACUUAGCUGCCAGCCGCUCUGCCUCCGUCGACGAUGACGAGGAGGAAGAAGAUAAGCUGCACGCAAUGCUAUCCAUGAUCUGCAAUCGGAACCUCACAGAUCCUAAAAGGAUGAAAGAUAUCGGUGACAAGUUGGAGAUGCAGUGCUUUGGAGCCGGUUUAUUGUCGUGGCAGCUGGACCCUUGCAGCCAAGGAUCUUCGUGUCUCUCGUGUUCCACGGGCAGCUCUCCUUACGACAUGCCGGCCUGCUGCAACUGCAUUCAUGACAGGACUCCUCUGAAAAUGUUGUGCCAAAGUAUGAAGAGACAGAUUGUUUCCAGAGCCUUCUACGGAUGGCUUGCUUACUGCCGGCACUUGUCCACAGUCCGGACACACUUGUCUGCUUUGGUGAAUCACACAAUCAUCCCUCCGGAUAAACCCACAAAUGCUGCCGGUGGGCUGACCAAAGAGGUCUGGAGCAAAUAUCAGAAGGACAAGAAGAAUUACAGAGAAUUGGAGCUGCUGAGACGGGUUUACUAUGGUGGUGUGCAGCAUGAGAUCCGAAAGGAAGUUUGGCCUUUCUUGUUGGGACACUACAAGUUUGGCAUGAGCAAGAAGGAGAUGGACAGGGCGGAUGAGGAAAUUGCACUCCAAUAUCAGAAAGUGAUGGCUGAGUGGAAGGCCUGCGAAAUGAUUGUAAAACUCCGGGAGAAAGAGUCGCAAACAGCCCCCAAGUUUUCUUCUGGCAGUAGCAUAGACAGUCAUGUCCAGCGGCUGCUCCAUCGGGACUCCACCAUCAGCAACGAUGUGUUUAUAUCUGUUGAAGAAAUGGAUUCGGCAGAGAAAGACCCAAAGGCACAGGAAGACGCAUCCAUGGUGGGUGGUUGCAUCGACGCGCCAACAGUGAUUGUGGCAGUGGAACAACAGCAGUCAGUAGAGUUUGACUCUCCAGAUUCGGGUCUCCCAUCUUCCCGGAAUUACUCAGUCACUUCAGGCAUCCUCUCCAGCAUUGAUGAUGGGCAGAGUGUCUGCUUUGAGGAUGGGACAGAGGAGGAGACGGUCCCUGAUCCACAGAGGCCGGAUCCAGAAAACAGUCUGCAAAUCAAGGGUUUGGAACUCAAGGGAUCGGAAAUGGAGGCGCCGAUGGGUCCUCAGACGGACUGUAAGCCAACGGCAGAGGAGAGCAUCUCUAUGUGUUUGGCAGCUUAUACGAUAGAAAUGUUGGACACUGUUGCCUUAAACUUGCACAGGAUUGAUAAAGACGUUCAGAGGUGUGAUCGCAAUUACUGGUAUUUCACUGCUGAGAACCUCGAGAAGCUUCGAAACAUCAUGUGCAGCUAUGUUUGGGAACAUUUAGAUGUUGGCUACGUCCAAGGAAUGUGUGAUCUUCUGGCUCCUCUUAUGGUUAUACUUGACAAAGAUGAGUUGGCCUAUAGCUGCUUCACCCAUCUGAUGAAACGGAUGAGCCAAAAUUUCCCCAAUGGAGGUGCCAUGGACACACAUUUUGCAAACAUGCGGUCCCUUAUCCAGAUUCUGGAUUCUGAACUCUUUGAACUGAUGCACCAGAAUGGAGAUUACACUCACUUCUACUUCUGUUACCGCUGGUUUCUUCUGGAUUUUAAAAGAGAAUUGUUGUACGAGGAUGUAUUUACAGUGUGGGAAGUUAUUUGGGCAGCAAAGCACAUCUCUUCAGAACAUUUUGUACUUUUCAUUGCCUUAGCACUGGUGGAGGCCUACCGAGAGAUUAUCCGCGAUAACAACAUGGACUUCACCGAUAUCAUCAAGUUUUUUAACGAGAUGGCCGAACAUCACAACGCCCAGGAGAUCCUGAAGAUUGCAAGGGACUUGGUCUGUAAAGUGCAAACGCUGAUCGAGAACAAGUGAGCCCAGAGGCGAGCAGACGGAGGAGCAACUGGCGUUGCUGGCGAAGCCUUUCUGGGACUUUAUUUGGGGGGGGGGAGAUGGGGAGAGCGCAUACCUGCACUGGUCACUUCAACCGAUGUUUAAAUUGCAUCUUCCAUGUAAUGUAGUAAAUACGUCAGAUGUUUCAUCAGAAAACAAGGGAAGGUUUGGAGAGCAGCCCAAAGGUGUUGUGUGUGUGUAUGUGUAUGUGUGUGUGUGUGUGUGAGUGAGUCCUCAUUCUGAUCAGUGAAUGUUGGCACCCUCCAAGUGCUUCUUGCCUAUUUUGUUUUCCCCGUCUGUUGCAUUUCUCAGUCGCUUAAGUGCCUCCCCACACUGGGAUGCCCAGCCGGUAAGGUUUAUAGGAGGAAUCUUUCCUCCUUUACCACCAUGCCAGUUGCAAGUUGAAUCUUGCACCUAAAUUUUGCAAGGCUUGUCCACUUCAUAGUACCCCAGUGGAGAGGUAACCAAACGCAGCCUUGGUCAUGCAAGAACAUCUCCUGUUCGAAGCGGUGGAGGUUCCUACAACUCUUUCUCCUCCUUGGAUAGGAAUCUGAGUAGGCCGAGUCAGGGCCUCCUUUUGCUUAUAAACCCCCAGUGCCUCUGCAGCUUGUGCAAAUGAGAGGCAGUCAUCUCCCUCCACUUCUUCCCCACCUCCCACUUUCAAGGCUUACUGGGAAAAGACCAGUGGGAAUAAGUGCCAAAUGCAGGUUUCCCUCUUGUUACGAAAGGGAUUUCGUACUUCACUCUGGAAUGGUUUGGUUAACCAUUUGGGGGGCAUCAAGAAAACAGACCCCGGCAAAUACAGGCUUCCCUCUUGCUAUGAAAGGGAUUUCGUACUUCGCUCUGGAAUGGUUUGGUUAACCAUUUGGAGAGCAUCAAGAGAACAAACCCUGCCAAAUACAGGUUUCCCUCUUCCUAUGAAAGGGAUUUCGUACUUCACUCUGGAAAGGUUUGGUUAACCAUUCAGAGGGCAUCGAGAAAACAGACCUUAGGAAAGGGAGUUCAUAUUUCACUCUGGAAUGGUUUGGUUAACUGUUUGGAGAGCAUCAAGAGAACAAAGCCUGCCAAAUACAGGUUUCUCUCUUCCUACGAAAGAGAUUACAUAUUUCACUCUUGAAUGGUUUGGUUAACCAUUUGGAGAGCAUCAAGAAAACAGACUCCAGCAAAUACAGGUUUUCCUCUCCUUACGAAAGGGAUUUCAUACUUUGCUCAGGAAUGGUUUGGUCAACCAUUUGAAGAGCAUCAAGAGAGCAGACCCUGCCAAAUACAGGUUUCUCUCUUCCUAUGAAGGAGAUUUCAUACUUUGUUCUGGACUGGUUUGGUUAACCAUUUGGAGGGCAUCAAGAAAACAAACCCUGCCAAAUACAGGUUUCCCUCUUCCUAUGAAAGGGAUUUCGUACUUCACUCUGGAAUGGUUUGGUUAACCAUUUGGAGAGCAUCAAGAAAACAGAGCCUGUGGUCCAUUAAAGGUGAAAAAAGAAUCAGAGUAGAGAACAUAGCAAGCAUUCUGGGUGAUAUGCCUAGGUUUUUCUCCUUAAUUCUGAGGGCUAGAAAUUUUUUUAUAGAUUGGAUGCUCAAAGGGGCAUUGAAUUCAAUGGAUGCAUGGGGCGCAAGUUAUGUGAGAGAGGCAUCUUUCUCUAGUGCCAGUCUCAUGCCAGUCUCGGUUUGUUCUGUAGAUCUGCAUGAUCACAUGGGGAAACGGCCUCCUUGGUUUGCACAGCCUUUCAUUUCCAGCUUGCGGUGUGCAUAUGCGCGCGCAUGUGUGUGUCUUCGCAUGUGUCCAAUUUGGAGUUGAAUUUUCUAACUGCAGCCACCCUCCCAAAAGCCUGCAUGGUGGCGCAAGUGCCACAGAAGGGGGAGUGGGGCACAUGCCCUGAAAGCGUCAUUGAGCUGUGUUCGGGUGCUCUUUCUUUUCUUGUUUUCCUUGGAAUCCAAGACAAAACUUCUAUCAGGAAACGUGACUUCUUUUGUAAUGCUGGCAUGCUCGCUGUCCCUUCUGUCUGUCAGGUUUCACCCCCUUUUUUGUGCCCAGUGUUUGACCCAUGCAUGGUUCUGCUGGACAGUCUCAUGGCAGAGGACAAAACGGCGUUCUUCUUUCUCUACGUUUUCACUUAGCGGAAAGGUCUACGUGACAAAAAAACAAUAACACCCUUCACACCGAGGGGAUAGAUGUUUUACAAAAUCGAAGCAUUGCACUGUGUUUUUGGAGAAUGUAUUAUACGACACUUUACUACGUUAAAAACAACAACAAAAAAUUAAUGAUUUAACUGUG